GUUUUCAGUUCAGCCGGCAUGGCGCUGCAGAGCGGUUUGCCGUAUAAAGUGUACACGGGCCAUGAUGGCGUGCUGACCGAGAAGCGCAAACAACGUCGAAUCCGAACCACUUUCACGAGCUCCCAGCUCAAGGAGCUGGAGAGAGCCUUCCAGGAAACGCACUAUCCGGACAUUUACACGAGGGAGGAGAUAGCCAUGAAGACCGAUCUCACGGAAGCCAGGGUGCAGGUUUGGUUUCAGAACCGACGUGCAAAGUUCCGCAAACAGGAGCGACUGAACCAGCAGAAGCAGGCCCAGCAGAGCAGCUCUCAACCCAGCAGCAGCUCAGCUUCAAGCACCACGUCCUCAUCCACCAAUAACUGCACGGACAGCACGGUGACCACCAUGAAAGAAGGCAGCGGGUCUUCGGCCUGCAUCGGAAGCAAGGACACCAAGCCACCCGUCCUCACCGCCAUCAACACAGACACGAAAACAGUCAAUGGCAAGAUAUCUCCCUCUGUGAAAUGGAGCACCUCGCACUGCCCUCAACAGAAGCCGGCCGUCGCGGCGAUCAGCCCCUUGACGUCACUGGCCACGUCAUGUCCGACUUCAUCAUUUCCGGGAGUUCUGGGUUCUGUUCCUUAUCCUCUGUCGUCCAUCGACACCAAGCCGGCUCUAGCCUCCAUGUUCUGAUUCUGAGAGGACAAUACUUUUCUUGUGUCAUCUAAACAACAAAUACGUGCUGUCGUCCAACCUCAAAGACCAAUUUCACAAAAAGAAAACCUCUUCACUUGUCUCCAAUAAGUAACACUUAAUGAUUGUGAAGCUUCCGUAAAUAAUUGUUUCAGCAAUGAAGUUUAAGUUUUAAUUUAAUAUUACAUUUUAAAUUUUCUGAUCGAAAAAAAAAAAGAGAUAGAAAUCGAUUUCAUGAAAAAAUAGUAAUUACUAUGAUAAAUUUAUUUGAUAUCAACACGUUCCGUAGGGACCCUAGACAAAAUUCGGUACCCUUUUUUCCUUAAUCGAGCUUCAAAAUCAUCUAUUUUUUAUUGAUUUCAAUUUAGUCUCUUAGUAGACAACUUUUUUCGACAGGCAAUAAUGAUAAAAUAUUUAAUUGAAGAUGACUUCCAGAGUUCCAAGUUUCAGUUACUUGCAAGUAGAAAAAUAAAAUGAAAUUUGUAAAAACAAAUUAGUAAAAGUUAUACAUUUUUUAAAACUCAUUCUAAAUGUUUAAAUACAAAAUUUAUCACGGUUGCCGACUUGUGAGUCAGUCGGCUAAUAACAGAAAGAAAGGAAAAAAAAAUACUGAUAAGCAAACGAUUUUGAACACAGUAAAAUGAAAAUUAUAGGAAUAAUAUUAAAAAAUUUAAGCAAUAUUUUAUUUCAAAUUGAAUACAUUCAAGUACUUGACCAUAAAAAAACAACAAAUAGGAACACAAAAAUACCGAAAAAAAUUCUCAGGGUCUUGGGAUUCUCUAAUGUUUGCAGAGCUUCUAGGCAGUUGCUUACUUUAAAGAUGCGUUAGCAGAAAAAAACAUGCCAAGUUGAUUUUGAAAAUUACAAAUCAUCGCAUGUUCUAAUAUCAUGAGUAAUGAAUAAAAAAAUAUCUUUAAAAAAAUCACAAUGCGUAUAUAUCUGAGAAGAUUUAACACUUUUUCAAAGACAUUUUAACUGAAGAUAUUUGAAUAAAUCAAAUCACUUUUGUAUGGUCAUGGGAUUCCGAUUCUAAGCAAAAAUAUGCGCAGAUUGUAAUGGUUUUAAAAUGAAUAGCUUUUUAACGUUUAGUUUAAGAAUUAUUAAAUAUUUGUAAUAAAUAUUUUAAAAAUACGAAAAAUAAA